CUCAUUCAAUUAUUGAAGAAUUAAACCUCCUUCUUGAAACGGGCCCACCACCAAACAUGUUGUCCACUGAGGAUUGUCGGUAAACACUGACACCUACCGCCCACCAACUGUAAGAGACACGUUACAAAACAGCCGCGUGCACUUGGGUUAUGUAAACCUGGAUUUCCUGCUUUUAAACUACAGCGGUAAACACUGAACAUCACAGGUAAGAAGCAGGAGGAGAAAUGAAAAGCAGCCCUACGAUGUCUAAUGUUUCUGAAUCAAAGGGUAAACUGAAGAAAAGACCCGCCGGGAACUCUCGUCUAGCUCUCUCCAAAAAACUGCAAGACGAGAAAGACGGAGAAACAUCAAAUUCAGGACCUCCUGUCAGGUCUGCAGGGGUCCAGAAGAAAAGUGGGCAAAGGAGCAUCCUGCACUACAUUUACAAGAGCACUCUGGGACAAAGUCUUCACUCACAGAUAAGACAGUGUCUCCAGGACCCUUUUGUUCGCUCCCUGUCGUCCUAUCAUUUCCAUGGCUCUACCAGCCCCUUCGACCGCAGAAUCACCAGUCUGGAGUGGCAUCCCAUUCACCCCACCACUCUGGCUGUAGCGUCCAAGGGUGGAGACAUUUAUCUGUGGGACUUUGAGGUGCCCACAAAGAAAACAUUUAUUCAGGGGAAUGGAGCAGGAGACUCUAUUGGCGGGAUGAAGUUUUGCCCCACGGACUUUUCCAAAGUCUAUGUGGCCUCUGGUGAGGGCACACUGACCAUGCAGAGCUUUGAGGGCCACACACCCACCAUACUGUCCAGAACUCAAGACUGUAGCCACGAUCACCACGAUGUUUGUUACUGGUACUGCUGUCUCGACGUGUCUGUAAGCCGACAGAUGCUUGUGACAGGAGACAAUGCGGGACAACUCUUGCUCCUGGGUUUGGAUGGACAAAAGAUUUUCAGUAACAAGUUGCACAAAGCUAAAGUGACCCAUGCAGAGUUCAACUCCCGUUGUGACUGGUUGUUGGCGACAGCCUCAGUUGACCACACAGUGAAGCUUUGGGACCUGAGAAAUGUAAAAGACAAGACAUGCUUCCUCCACGUCCUGCCUCAUGAUAGACCAGUCAACUCAGCCUAUUUUAACCCCUUGGACUGCUCCAAGUUGCUCACCACAGACCAGUAUGACCAGAUCCGCGUCUACUCGUCCUCUGAUUGGUCGAAGCCUCAACAUAUCAUCCAACAUCCACACAGACAGUUUCAGCAUCUCACUCCCAUCAAGGCCACAUGGCACCCGGUGUAUGACCUGAUUGUCGCUGGCCGCUACCCUGAUGACCGUGUCUGUCCCGGUGAUAGGAGGACCAUUGACAUCUUUGAUUCUAACACAGCAGAGCUCGUGUGCCAGCUGUAUGAUUCUAAUGCCCCAGGAAUCAAAUCUAUCAACAAGUUCAGUCCAGCGGGUGAUGUGAUUGGCUCUGUCAUGGGUGCAACAGCGCUAGUCUGGGACAAGAGCGAGUCAUUGAUGAGUGGUCGGCACACGGGGGAAACCUCAACCUCAGGGGAGAGUUUAAGAGGGCAGAGGAGGCGCCAACAGCGCUUCACCAGGGACAGGAGAGGUCCUGCUGUAGAUUCAAAACUCAAGAAGAAACUGGCUUCUCUGGAAGAACCUGAGACCAAACCCAAGGCCAAGACUGGGUGUACAAAACAAAAACAAGCACAAAUGAGAAAGAAGUGAACUGUAAAAUAGUCAGGGUUUUAAAAAUCCAUGUAUAUAUUUCUUUCUAUAUGGUUUGUUGUGCCUCUAGUUUCCGGGAUUGUUCAAAAGUUUUAAAAAGUUUCUUCUUUUAUAAGCCAGUUUACAACUGGAACUUUUGUACUGUAUGUUCUUACAGAUGUUUUUCCACUGUAUGACAAUAAAGCAUUUUGUAACUACAGUAACUGAUUCCGCCUUUAACAAAUUGGCCACAUACAGAAUAUGCAAUGAAUACACAUACAGGAGUUUUAUUGUAAGCGAUUUAUGUUUUUUAACCUACUCCCUCAUUUCAUAGAGUCUGGCGUUCUGUGUGUUAAGCAUAACUGAAGAGGUAACUUCCACGUAGUCCAUAAACUGUAAUAUUUGCCAUCUGGAGGAGCACGCCGCCCCAGGCCUCCCGUUCCUCUUUUACCUCCUGACGCCUGGCCUGGUGGGCUGAAUACAACAUGCUCAAUACAAGGUUGUCAAACUGCUCCUCAGCCAACAUCCUCUUCUUCUGACCCUCUAGUGUAGU